AUGGAGGUGGGCGUGGUGCGUGAGCCGGGCCUUGUGAAGAUUCGUCUCAUGCUGACUGUGAGCCUGCUGCUGCUCGUGCCGCUCGGUGUGCUCAGCAACAUGACGCACUCGCUGACGUUGGCGCUGGAGGCCUACCACAUGCUCUACAACGUGCUGACGAUCGGCGGCUGCUUGCUGGCGCUGCGACUGUGCGGCGCCGGCGGUUCGACCAAGAACACGUUCGGCUGGGCGCGGCUGGACGUGCUGGUGACGGUGAUGACGCUGCUGUUCUUGGCAGCGUUGUGUUUCUCCGUGUCGGUGGAGGCGGUACAGGCCAUGGUGCACGCUGGCCAUCAGGACGCCAUCCAUCACCCAGUGUACAUCAUGGCGUGCGCGGCUGCCGUGCUGCUCGGCCACCUGCUCUGCUACGUGCUCAUUGGCGGCUUUACCAACCUGCAGAGCACACUGUUAACGAUGGACGACGGCAGCGGCGGUGGCGGUGGCGGGGUGCGUCUGGCGCCGGCCUCUUCGCUGAGCCCGCUGCGUCCGGCGCCGCGCCGCUUCUCACGCUUCUCGCCGGCCGGGCGGCUCUGGCUGCACUUCUUGCGGGAUAUGGGCGGCACGCUGCUAGUGGUGAUGUCUGCUGCCGCCGCGCACAUCAGCCGUGCGCUGCCCGUGCGGUACGUGGACCCGGUACUGGCGCUGGUUGGCGUCGUCCUGCUUCUGGCCACCAGCCGCACCGUCUUCACAGAGUGCUGCCUAAUCCUGCUGCAGACCAUGCCGGACACGUUCGACGUGGUGUCGUUCCGCGCGCGCCUGCUGGCGCUCUUUCCAGCCGUGGAGGACGUGCAUGAACUGCACGUCUGGCAGCUGACGCCCGACUGCGUGGUGGCCACGGCACACGUGGUGCUGGCCGGACCACGCCAGUUCAACGACGUGGCCGAGCGCGUCGCCGCCUUCUUCGCCGACAACGACAUCGGCCAUGUGACGCUGCAGCCCGAGUUUUCCGCGGCGCGCGUCGGCACCGAGGAUCUGAUGUACUAUAUGUCCUCGGCGUCUGUGCGUGAGACCAAUCCCAAGUGCGCCUUCAAAACAGAGAUCGCCAACGACCGUUCGGAGCCGACCAUCCUCGUCAAGCUCGACAGCACCAAGUCGGUCCUGUUCAAGGCGGAUAACCUGACAGUGCUGGAGGUGCUGAAGCUGUGGAACCAACACAUCACGCCGUUGGCCGCGGCCGCCGACGACGCCGGGCAGUCGACCGCUAAGGCGGGCAAGGCCAAGGCGGAGCGCGCCGCGGCCGCCAUGUCGAUGUCCGAGAAGAAGUACCAGUCGACGCGCGCCAUCACCAACGCCCUGUACAACAGCGUGCCCUCCUUCACCGACCUGUUCGAGGAGGAGACGUUCUACAUCGCAGCCGGCACGCUCGUGCUGGCCUCCGCGCUGGCGGCCAUCGUCCUGUCGCGCUUCAUCACGCUGAAGCCGGUGGAGUAG